UACCUCCCUCCGCAAGCUGAGAUCAACCAGGUGAGUCAGCUUAUCUCUUUCGGUCUCCCCAGCUCAACUUCUCUCGAUUUAUGAGAUGGGUGAGGAAGUUAAGGCCCUAGUUCCUGAGUCAGUGUUGAAGAAGAGGAAGAGGAAUGAAGAAUGGGAACUGGCAAAAAAACAGAAGCUUGAAGCUGUGAAGAAGAGUAAUGCUGAGAAGCGGAAGCUGAUUUUCAAGAGGGCUGAGCAGUACGCAAAGGAGUACAAGGAGAAGGAGAAGGAACUCAUUCAAUUGAAGCGUGAGGCAAAGUUGAAAGGAGGUUUCUAUGUUGACCCUGAAGCCAAACUUUUAUUUAUUAUUCGGAUUCGUGGAAUUAAUGCCAUGCACCCGAAGACAAGAAAGAUUCUGCAGCUCUUACGUCUGAGACAGAUCUUCAAUGGUGUUUUUCUUAAAGUUAACAAGGCAACAAUGAACAUGCUGCACAGGGUUGAACCUUAUGUGACAUAUGGGUAUCCCAAUCUGAAGAGUGUGAGGGAACUGAUUUACAAGAGGGGUUAUGGGAAGCUGAACAAGCAGAGAGUUGCUUUGACUGACAACUCAAUCAUUGAACAGGCUCUGGGCAAGUAUGGUAUCAUCUGCAUAGAAGAUCUCAUCCAUGAGAUUAUGACCGUGGGGCCUCAUUUCAAGGAGGCAAAUAACUUCCUAUGGCCAUUUAAGCUGAAGGCACCUCUCGGUGGUCUAAAGAAGAAGAGGAACCAUUAUGUUGAGGGUGGGGAUGCUGGUAAUCGUGAGAAUUAUAUCAAUGAGCUCAUCAGGAGAAUGAACUAGAAUUCUAUAGUUGUCAAUCUAGUCCCUGAGAAUAUCUUGUUAACAGGAUUUUGUUCAUUUAUUUUGUAAGCUGGGUACAACUUUUCUAAGAGCAUGGGUAAGUGACAUGUUUCUUCAUAUUCUCUUUUAUUUACAUGUUAUGCUACCUCCGUAGCGGAGCUUAAGUUGCCACAAUAUUCUAACAUUCAAGAUGAUUUCAUUUUAGUUUCUUCUGGUCUGUGGCCAUUCGGUAGAACUA